AUGUCGUGGACGCAGAAAGGCGAAUACUGGGUCCGGCCCCUCGACACGUUCGAGAAAGCAUGCUAUAUUAUUGGGCAGCGUGGAAAAGACGUCGGCCACGAGCACUGGCUGGUAAUGGUUACCGCCAAAAUCGAGAAUUGCUCAAAAGAUGAGAUUAUACCUGCCUUCCAGAAAGCUUGGAAAGCACUCCGGCUCCAGUGUCCAGAUAUCGCUGUUGAUAUCGAAGGUUACGAAAAGCGGUACACCCCCAUUAGAAGUGCACAGGAUCUGGAGCUUUGGUGCAACGGCACCUUCCAUGUGGAGCCAGCAUGUUCUGCAGAUGGGUUUUUCACACAUGAGACUGGCCUGAUGGGGUCCAAAGUCCACUGCCACUGGUUCCCCGCAAGCCAGGAAAUUUCGCUUUUACUUUCCGAAAUUGAAAGCCCAAGUCUAUUUCCCCCGGUAUACGCCGGCGAGGAGUACCAGCGACUGCCAUAUUCAAUGCAAGACAUUACAAAUGCAUCAAUAUCAUCAAGUACGAAUCAGGAAGGGGCUUUAGCCGAGCAAGCUUAUCAAUGGUUUGCUCAUCCUCAGGUUGACGGCCCGGGGAUCGGCCUGGCCCCCAUCAACCCGCACGCAAACCCAGGAAAUACGAGAAUCGCGGAGGUGAUACUAUCGAAAGACUUGACCAAUGAGGUCUGCCUUUCAGCUCGUCGGCUGGGGAUUACAGUGACAACUGCCGUACAUGCAUCCAUGAUAUCUGAAACAACCCGCAUGAAUCCAAGCUCAGCUAAGACUCAUCACACAUCUGCUUGUAUCUUCGACUUGCGCAAGCACUUUUCCUCUAUCCGAAAACCCUCUGAUUUACCGUCGCUGUUCAUAGCAGCGUUGCCUUUCAAUGUUGAUGCGCACGCGCACUGGCGAGAACUCACGGAGAAAAUACAACCUUUCUAUCGAUCUUCCUGGGACCCCACUGAGACAAAUAUGAUUGCUGCUUACCAGCUAACGAUGGAGCACGUAGGAGAGAACAUCUCACAAGCCUGGGGCAGGGCUGAUGAGCCUGAGCCAGCGCUGUCAAGCAUCGGGAUUAUCGAAGGCGCCUUCCUAAACCGGUUUUACGGCCCCGUCACAAUCCAAGAUGUGUCUUAUUGCGUGUCCAAUAGCUACUCUUCUAUUGCCCACUACUGCUACACGUGGGGUGGCAAAUUGCGUUUGAGGGCCUGUUUUAACGAAGCCUUCUAUAAAGAUGAUUACGUGCAAAAUUGGCUCUUCUCCCUACGACGGAAUCUACUACAGAAUCUUGGCGUGCAAAGAAGCCUCUGCGUUGAUCAUUAA